CAAAUCAGCAAUGCAAAAUAUAGUGGAUACGCGUGUCACUGAUGCUAGUGUUAAACGAAUCAAGGCAAAUGAAGAACGUGUGAAUCAGCAGGUAGAAGUGUUGCGGGAUCCCGACAUAUUCCGUCACACGACACAACAAUUCGGGGAGGCCAACCAAGCUACCACAACUGUCAAUAUGACGCCACCUACCAUAAAGAAUUCGAUAUCGGAGGAAUAG